AUGAACACCUUCUCGAGGUUUAUCCCCAGUUUUGCUAGUCCGCCAUCAGCAUCUUCCAAUGCCCAACUUCGACAUGGAAAACCGCAACAACAGUUCGAUCACCUUGCUCGAAUCAACACAGAUGACCAUGUGAAUGCUGAGUUUGCGGGGCAAUGGGAUGCGGAUGAGUGCGAAGAUGAGCUUCUGGGCCUACAACGCGUCAUGGCAGAUGCUCAGAACCCAAGACGGCCUGUUAUUGGAUCCUGGAUGAUGUUCCCUGGAGCGAACCUGGCAAGGAUGGUAGCACAGUUAGGGUAUGAUUUUAUACUAGUGGAUUGUGAACACGGAAACAUCGACGACGCGGCGAUGCACGCAUCUGUAGGCGCCAUAGCCGGUGAAGGCGUCUCUCCUCUCGUCCGCAUUCCCAAGCUUGACGUUGGGACCGUCAAGCGCGCCUUGGACUGUGGAGCCCAUGGCAUACUCUGCCCAUCCAUAUCGACAGUCGAUGAUGCUCGUGCUUUAGUAUCCUACUCCAAGUUCCCAGCAACGACCAAGCCAUUAACAAAUCAAAGCUCAAAAAAGCUGUUAUCGGGUAUUCGAGGUGUUGGCUCUCCUUUCGCGCCCUCUGUAUUUCGGCAGAGCCUCGCAGAGUAUAUACGCACUGCAAAUCGUAACACGUUCAUUGCUAUUCAAAUUGAAACAACCGAGGGCCUUUCUAACUGCGAGGAAAUCGCAAAAGUCGAUGGGAUUGUCUUAAAAAACUCCCAAGUCACUGAUCACCAAACAAACAGUCCGAAUGAUUUGGCAUCAUCGAUGGGAUAUCCGCCUCUCUCACACGAAUCCAUCCCCGAAGUUCAAGAAGCUAUCGAGCGCAUCCUCGCUGCUGCCCACAAAGCAGUCGAUUUGAUGAAUCUGGGAGGAGAUGUUGUUGCUUUGAUGGAAUGGAACAACGAGCAGCUUGCUAGGCUAGAUGAUAUCACUGGAAAGAAAUCCACAAGCGCGAUGUAUUAUUAA